CAGAGACAGUAGUCCCACUUCCCCACCACAACCCAUCAUCAAUGGAUCAUAACCCGAAUCAUCAUAGACCAAACUUCCCUCUCCAGCUUCUUGAUUCUUCUUCCUCCUCCUCUUCCACUUCUUUAACCAUCAUCCCAUCUUCUUCCGAACCUAGCUCCGACCCUAACGCUCUCUCCAAGAAACCACCUCCAAAGCGAACCUCAACUAAAGACAGACACACCAAAGUCGAAGGCCGAGGCCGUAGGAUCCGUAUGCCGGCCAUGUGCGCGGCACGUGUCUUUCAGCUAACACGUGAGCUAGGUCAUAAAUCAGACGGUGAAACCAUCGAGUGGCUUCUCCAGCAAGCUGAACCGGCGGUUAUAGCCGCUACAGGGACAGGAACCAUACCGGCUAACUUCGCUUCUCUUAAUAUCUCACUUCGUAGCUCAAGAUCUUCUCUCUCCGCUGCUCAUCUUCGUUCAACUCCAAGCAGCUAUUACUUUCAUCCUCAUCAGGUGCGUCCCAAGAACGAGACGCAUUCCUCUUCUUCUUCGCAGCUCUUAGAGCAUAACCAAGUGGGGAACUAUUUAUUACAAUCAACGGCUGGAUCUUUGCCAACGAGUCAGACUCCUACCACGGCACCGUUUUGGAGUAGUGGUGAUAGUAGGCAGAAUCUUUGGGGUAUUAAUAUUAAUCCUCAUCAUUCUGGUGAUGUUUACAACACUAGCGGUGGUGGUGGAGGUGGAGGUGGAGGAGUACAUUUGAUGAAUUUUGCAGCUCCUAUUGCUUUGUUUUCUGGACAGCCUUUGGCGUCUGGUUAUGGAGGUGGAGAACAUAACCAUUACGGUGUUUUAGCGGCGUUGAACGCUGCUUACCGGCCGGUUCAGGAGACGGUUAACCAGCAAAACCGUGAAGGAGAACAUAAUCAUAACCAUCAAGAAGAUGGAAGCACAAGUCAUCAUUCCUAGGCAAAAACACACACACACACAAACCAAUAUAUCUGUGAGAUUUAAUUAUUUUUAGUUUUGUUAUUUCGUUUGUUUGAUUGUUUUUUAAACAAGCUUGUUUUUUAGCAUUGCUUCUUUUAUUUCUUAUAUUUAUUCUUGAUAAAUUAUAAUAUUCUACGAGUGCUGCUCGGGUUUCAUUCUUCUUCUGAUUAAUUAAUGUAUUAAGUAAGUAAGAACGUGAUUAUUCGAUAUAUGUAUGUGGUUUUUGAAACCAAGCUUGUUUUUUUUUCUCUCAAGGGUUUAACCUCGAUUAGUAGUUUUCUAGUGAAAUGUGUUUGCUCUAUACUCUUGAGUGAGAGAGGUUUAUUGUUUGAGUUCUCUGGGGUGUCAUUCUUCUUCUGAUUAAU